UGGUGCUGCUGAAUGAACAAUAAUCCCGAGAAACUGACGGAGUAUUUCUCCUUCACUUUCAGACAAGUCGUCAGUCAGCCAAUCAGGAAUCCAGGCAGGAGCAUUCUAAGGAAGAGUGGCUAUGGUCGGGUGCUGAGUGCUGAGCAUCCUAAGGAAGAAAGUGAGGAUUCUGUCAUAGCCCCCUAGUCAGUGCUCUUUGUCAGUGCUCGUUAUGUUAGCCUUCUGAUAACAGCUGUGGCUCCAGAGGUGGUGUUCAUUCACUUCAGGCUCCGCUGGUGGUGGUUUCGUCGAGAUUUCUCAUGGCUCCUAAGAAAGUCGAUACACUCCACCUCCUCCUGGUUGCUCGUAUUUUCGGCCUCGAUCCCUCCGUUUGUCAGCGAGCGCAGUGAUUAGAGUUGACUAGAGUCUGUUGAAACAAGUAGGACACAAUCUUCCGGCCUCUCAUCACGGCGUUUGCGUAUUGUAAUAGGGUUACCAGAACAGAGCAGUCCGUUGUAGAUUCGCAUCCAUCCUUCGUAGAUAAAAUCCAUCGUGAAUUUAUAUCCUUCUUAUAUCAAAUUCGUCGUACACUCAGACGUAGACUGAAUCGGCGAUGCCUCAAUCAUCCGUAGUUAGACGUCGAGUCGGCACCGACGGUAGCGCGGUACGAUCGGACCUUCAAGAGCCGUUGCUGUCAUGGGACGACAGACACGACGACGACGUCCGGAUCGAUCCGCCUGCGACGUCUGCGACGUGUGCGAAUCCCGCGAACGGCGUCGCCAGCCACAGUUCCGACGUUAAGUCGCCGUUGGGGUCUCCGAGGCCAGGGGAAGGCGGGUCUAGAGUGUGGCAGCACCUUCUCGGAUCUUUCGUCUUCCAGUGGGCAGCAUGGCUAGGCCAGCUCAUGGUCGGUGCGCGCACCAGGGUGCUUGCUCUGGGCGGCUCUUUUGCCUCCACGCUGCUGCUCCCCCGCACGCGCGCGCACCCAUCCGCGGAGGCCCCCACCAGGUGCGCGGGGGGGUUCCCGCCCUUCCCCCCCAUCAAGCUCUCCGAACCCCAGGAACGAAGCCUGAAGCUGCUACAAACGAGGAUAGACCCGCUCUUUGAGAACGAGAAAGCCGAGCAUAAAGCAGCACUAGUGGAGUUGUGGGAGCUGGCGUAUCCGGGGAGGGUGUUGACUGAGGAGGUGGAGGUGGCAGGGUGGAAGAGAUGGGGUGGCAGGGGAAACACCCGUCCUCGGAUUUCAGGGGCGGGGGGGUUCUUUGCGCUGGAGAAUCUGGUCUACUAUGCUCGCACAUACCCAAGGUCGUUUCAGCGCAUCAUGCGCAAGCAGGAGGGACGCAGGGCGGAGUGGGAGUACCCCUUCGGAGCAGCAGGGGUGAACAUCACCGUACUCCUUAUAAGCAUCCUCGACUUGCGUAAGGGACCUGCUCUGCGUUGCAGCUGGAUCUGCUGGAUGCUCAUUCGCUAAAGCCGCUGUGCGUGGAGUUCGAUGUGAGAGAAGCACUCACACUCGUGCCACAGUUACACUUACACACACACACACACACGCACACACACGCACACACACACACAUGCACGCACACACACACACAUACACUAGUCCACACUCUCUCAACCAUAAUGAAUUCCUUGAAUGCCGUGGUUGAACCCUCUUGGCUUUUCUCAUCUUCUUUCAUCCCUCCUUUCAUCCCUCCUUUCAUCCCUCCUUUCAUCCCUCCUUUCAU